UCCUUUAACAACAUGGCACCAAAGAAGAUUGAACCUAAGAAACCUGAGCCCAAAAAACCAGAGCCUAAGAAAGACGCACCUCCAGCUGCUAAGCCAGCUCCACCUCCAGAGCCACUGCCUGCGCCACCCAAGGAGCCUGAUUUUGAUCCCAAAAGCGUCACUCUUGAGUACAGCGCUGACCAGAUUGAGGAGUUCAAGGAAGCCUUCACCUUGUUCGACCGCACACCGACUGGAGAAAUGAAGAUUACAUACGCUCAGUGCGGAGACGUGAUGCGAGCUCUCGGCCAGAAUCCGACCAAUGCAGAUGUGCUGAAAGUGCUUGGAAAACCACGACCAGAAGACAUGAGCACUAAAAUGGUGGACUUUGAGACCUUCUUGCCAAUGUUGCAACAUAUCUCCCGUGCAAAAGACCAAGGCAACUUUGAGGAUUUUGUGGAGGGGCUCAGGGUUUUUGACAAGGAAGGCAAUGGCACCAUCAUGGGAGCAGAGCUGCGUCAUGUGCUGGCAACACUGGGAGAGAGGAUGACAGAAGACGAGGUGGACAGACUGAUGGCUGGACAGGAGGAUGCCAACGGGUGUAUCAACUAUGCCUCCUUUGUAAAGCAUAUUCUCUCUGGGUGA